AUGUUCUUUUACCUGAGCAAGAAAGUCGCCAUUCCCGAUAACGUAAAGCUGAAAUGUGUAUCUUGGAACAAGGACCAAGGAUUCAUAGCAUGUGGUGGUGAAGACGGAUUACUGAAAGUUUUGAAAUUAGAGACACAGACAGAUGAUGCAAAAUUGAGAGGUCUUGCAGUCCCUAGUAACCUUUCUAUGAAUCAGAAUCUAGAAGGUCAUAGUGGUUCGGUUCAAGUUGUAACAUGGAAUGAACAAUAUCAGAAGUUGACUACCAGUGAUCAAAAUGGGCUUAUCAUUGUUUGGAUGUUAUAUAAAGGCUCUUGGUACGAGGAGAUGAUCAACAACAGAAAUAAAUCAGUGGUUCGAAGUAUGAGCUGGAAUGCUGACGGACAGAAGAUCUGCAUUGUGUAUGAAGACGGGGCUGUGAUAGUUGGUUCGGUGGAUGGGAAUCGCAUUUGGGGAAAAGACUUGAAGGGUGUACAGUUAUGCCAUGUAGCAUGGUCUGCAGAUAGUAAAAUCCUACUUUUUGGAAUGACAAGUGGAGAAAUACACAUUUAUGAUAAUCAAGGGAAUUUUAUAAUGAAAAUGAAACUGAACUGUUUGGUGAACGUCACCGGAGCAAUCAGUAUUGCUGGAAUUCACUGGUACCAUGGCCAAGAAGGCUACGUGGAGCCAGACUGCCCCUGCCUUGCUAUUUGUUUUGACAAUGGGAGGUGCCAAAUCAUGAGACAUGAGAACGACCAGAAUCCCGUUUUAAUUGAUACUGGCAUGUUUGUAGUAAGUAUCCAGUGGAACCACACUGGCAGCGUGUUGGCUGUGGCAGGCUCCCAGAAGGUUGUCACUCAGGAUAAAGAUGUAAACACUGUGCAGUUUUACACUCCAUUUGGUGAGCAUUUGGGUACUUUGAAGGUUCCUGGAAAGCAGAUGUCUGCACUAUCUUGGGAAGGAGGAGGACUGAAAAUUGCACUAGCUGUUGAUUCUUUUAUAUAUUUUGCAAACAUCCGACCUGAUUAUAAGUGGGGUUAUUGCUCCAAUACUGUAGUAUAUGCUUAUACCAGACCUGAUCGUCCCGAGUAUUGUGUUAUCUUUUGGGAUACAAAAAACAAUGAGAAAUAUGUUAAAUAUGUGAAGAGUCUCAUUUCUAUUACUACCUGUGGAGAUUUCUGCAUUUUGGCUACGAAAGCUGAUGAAAAUCAUCCUCAGGAGGAGAACGAGAUGGAAACAUUUGGUGCAAUGUUUGUGCUAGUUCUUUGUAAUUCUAUUGGCACACCUUUGGAUCCCAAAUAUAUUGAUAUUGUACCAUUAUUUGUUGCAAUGACCAAAACCCAUGUGAUAGCAGCUUCAAAAGAAGCAUUUUAUACCUGGCAAUAUCGUGUGGCAAAGAAGCUCACAGCAUUGGAAAUUAAUCAGAUCACGCGGUCUCGGAAAGAAGGGAGAGAAAGAAUUUAUCAUGUGGAUGAUACUCCUUCUGGAUCAGUGGAUGGGGUGCUUGACUAUAGUAAAGCCAUUCAAGGCACCCGGGAUCCAAUUUGUGCCAUAACUGCAUCUGAUAAGACACUGAUCGUGGGUCGUGAAUCUGGCACCAUUCAGAGAUACAGUCUUCCUAAUGUUGGUUUGAUUCAAAAGUAUUCCCUUAACUGUCGAGCCUACCAGUUAUCCUUGAAUUGCAAUUCUAGUCGUCUUGCUAUCAUAGAUAUCUCAGGAGUUCUAACUUUCUUUGACUUGGACGCUCGGGUAACAGACAGCACAGGACAGCAGGUCAUUGGCGAGUUGUUAAAAUUGGAGCGUAAAGAUGUCUGGGAUAUGAAGUGGGCCAAGGAUAAUCCAGAUUUGUUUGCGAUGAUGGAGAAGACAAGAAUGUAUAUUUUCAGAAACUUGGAUCCUGAGGAGCCCAUUCAGACUUCUGGAUAUAUUUGUAUCUUUGAGGAUUUAGAAAUUAAAUCUGUUCUUUUGGAUGAGAUAUUGAAGAAUCCAGAACACCCAAACAAGGAUUAUAUAAUUAACUUUGAGAUCCGGUCCUUGCGAGAUAGUCGAGCAUUGAUUGAGAAAGUUGGAAUUGAAGAUGCAUCUCAAUUCAUCGAGGACAAUCCACACCCCCGACUUUGGCGCCUACUGGCUGAAGCAGCCCUUCAGAAACUAGAUCUGCACACGGCAGAGCAAGCGUUUGUGCGCUGCAAAGAUUACCAAGGCAUUAAGUUUGUGAAGCGCCUGGGCAAUCUACAGAGUGAGUCCAUGAAGCAGGCCGAAGUUGCUGCCUACUUCGGCAGGUUUGAAGAGGCAGAAAGAAUGUAUCUUGAUAUGGACAGAAGAGAUCUUGCUAUCGGCCUCCGGCUGAAAUUGGGAGAUUGGUUUAGAGUACUCCAGCUCUUGAAAACUGGAUCUGGUGAUGCAGAUGACAGUCUUCUUGAACAAGCCCACAAUGCCAUCGGAGACUACUUCGCUGAUCGGCAAAAGUGGUUGAAUGCUGUACAAUAUUAUGUACAAGGCCGGAACCAGGAACGCUUAGCUGAAUGCUAUUAUAUGUUGGAAGAUUAUGAGGGAUUGGAGAAUCUUGCCAGUUCACUUCCAGAAAACCACAAGUUGCUUCCAGAAAUAGCACAAAUGUUUGUGAGGGUUGGAAUGUGUGAACAAGCAGUGACCGCAUUUUUGAAAUGUAAUCAGCCAAAGGCAGCAGUAGAUACCUGUGUACAUCUCAACCAAUGGAACAAAGCUGUUGAGUUGGCUAAAAAUCACAGUAUGAAAGAAAUUGGAUCCCUGUUAGCGAGGUAUGCAUCUCAUUUAUUGGAAAAGAAUAAAACUCUUGAUGCCAUAGAACUCUAUCGGAAAGCCAAUUACUUUUAUGAUGCUGCUAAACUGAUGUUUAAGAUUGCAGAUGAAGAGGCAAAGAAAAGAACCAAACCUUUACGUGUCAAGAAGCUGUACGUACUGUCCGCUUUGCUUAUUGAGCAGUACCAUGAGCAAGUGAGAAAUGCCCAAAGAGGAAAAGUGAAAGGAAAGAGCUCAGAGGCCACAUCUGCUUUGGCUGGUUUGCUGGAAGAGGAAGUUCUGUCUACAACUAGUCGCUUCACAGAUAAUGCUUGGAGAGGGGCUGAGGCUUACCACUUCUUCACACUUGCCCAGAGGCAGCUCUAUGAGGGAUAUGUUGACACUGCAUUGAAGACAGCUCUUCACCUGAGAGACUAUGAAGACAUCAUCCCUGCCGUCGAGAUCUACUCUCUGUUAGCACUCUGUGCGUGUGCCGGUAGAGCUUUUGGUACUUGUUCAAAAGCUUUUAUUAAACUUGAAUCUUUAGAGACCCUCAGUUCAGAGCAGAAACAGCAAUAUGAAGAUCUUGCUUUGGAAAUCUUCACCAAACAUACUCCAAAAGAUAAUAGAAAAUCUGAAUUGGACAGCCUUCUUGAAGGAGGGGAAGGGAAAUUGCCAACAUGUGUUGCCACGGGAAGCCCAAUCACAGAAUAUCAGUUCUGGGUGUGCAAUGUGUGCAAGCACUGUGUUCUGGCUCAGGAAAUCAGUAACUACAACUUCUGUCCCUUAUGCCAUAGUUCAGUGGGAUGA